GUCCAAGGGUCUCUCUUGCUGUUUUGCAGGCGAAAGCACAAUGGUUCAAAAGCGUCUGAAAGCAACAGCACUAUCCCCCUGAGAAAAUGUCGAGGAGGUGUGAACAAGCUGAACACACAGAUCCCAGUGGAGGAACUGCUGGAGGCUCUGAAGAAGCUUAAGAGGGCAGAAAUAGAGGCAGAGCAAACAGAGGAUGAAUCAGCCAGCAGUCACGGUGCCGGGCGGAUGGCAGAGUAUCAGCAACUGACCUCAACGCUGUUGCAUCCCUGUGAUGCUGGGAAGGAGCCGUGUAACCAGGGCAAGAACCGCUACAAGUGCAUCAUUCCCUAUGACCACUGCCGUGUGGUGCUGCAGCCCUCUGCAGACACGGGGAAUGACUACAUCAACGCCAGCUACGUGGAUAGCUACCGGAGUCCGCGCUUCUUCAUUGCAGCUCAAGGUCCCUUGCCUGGGACGGUGGUGGAUUUCUGGCAGAUGGUCUGGCAGGAGAAGACCUCGGUCAUUGUGAUGCUGACGGGCUUAGUGGAGCAGAACAAGACCAAGUGCGAGCAGUACUGGCCAGAACAGGAGCAAGUCUACGGGGACUUCACCGUGACGCUCAACAACACGAGGACCACCAUGGGCCUUGUCACACGCAUCUUCUGCCUGCAGAAGGCAGGCUGUCCUCUCCCACGAGCGGUGGAACAAUUUCACUACCAGCAGUGGCCAGACCACGGGGUGCCCAGAAACCCUGCCCAGCUCCUGUACCUAGUGGAAAGAGUGAACAACAGGGAGUCAGAAGCCCCUGCUGGCCCUGUGCUGGUGCACUGCAGUGCAGGAAUCGGGCGGACAGGUACCUUCAUCGCCGUGGACUUCCUCCUGAAGAUGGCGAAGGCUGAGAGGAAGGUGGACGUGUUUCACUGUGUGCAGAAGCUGCGGGAGCAGCGGGUCAGCAUGGUGCAGACCAAGGAGCAGUAUGCCUUCCUGUACGAGGUGCUGCUGGAAGGCCUGCUCUGCGGCAGCACUGGGGUCCCAGUGGAGAGCGUCGCCAGCCACAUCCGCUGCCUCCAAGGGGCUGAGACCCAGAGCCAGAGCAACGUACUUGAGAAGGAGUUCAAGGCAGUGCAGAACUUUUCUGAGUUGUUCCAGCUCCUUCCAUGCAACGAAGCAGAGAAACCCAGCAACCAGCCCAAGAACCGCAAACCAGGGAUCCUGCCAGCGGAUUCCUGCCGGCCCAUCCUGAUGUCCUCACUGAAUGCUGAUGGCUCGCCGGGCUACAUCAACGCAGUGUUUGCCAACACGUACACCAAGGAGGACAGACUGAUCAUCACCCAGCUGCCCUUCUCCAGCACGCUGGUGGAUUUCUGGGCUCUGGUCUGGGAUUACACCUGCACAGCGGUGGUUGUGCUGAACCAGCUCCAGGAGCUGGACAAGACAUACGUGGAGGUCUGGCCCACCCAGGGCGAAGCCAUCUAUGGCUGUUUCCACGUCCAGCUGCUGUCAGAGGAGUCUGGAGCUGGUUUCACAGUCUGGACACUCGCCCUCACCAACAGGCAGCAGCCCAAGAAGGCUGCAGUGGAAGUCCGGUGCUGGCAACUGGAGGACUGGCCCAUGAAGCAGCAUCUUCCCCCGCACCCUGCCACCAUCAUCAGCCUGCUGGGGAAGGUGGAGACGCACCAGCGGCAGAGCCAGGAUGGACACAUCCUCGUCACUUGCUGGGACGGUGCCAGCCGGAGCGGGAUCUUCUGUGCUGCCAGUUUCCUGUGUGAGCAGAUCCAAAGCGAGGGGAUGGUUGAUGUGUCCCAGGCUGUGAGGAUGCUGAAGAGGCACCGGAGACAGCUCAUUAAAGACGUGGAGCAGUACAAGCUCUGCUAUGAACUGGCUCUCAGUUACCUGAACUCAUUUGAAACCUACGGCAAUUUCAAGUAGAGUGAUGAUCACAGCCCAUCUCUGGCCAGGACUUCAGCUUUCUUGAGGAAACAGUGGAAACUGGAGGAGACAAGGAGGGUGUUCACAGCCCCAGGAUGCUUUACUCUUCUGAGGAGCCAUCUCACGUGUUCUCUGCAGCAGCACAGCACAGGCUGGACCAUCUCCAAAUUGUGGUCAGACUUUGAAGCAGGAACCAGAGUUUGGGCAGGGAUUUACGUAGCACCACAGCCCAUGUAUGCAGAUCAGAGGAGAGGCACCACUACUUGACAUGUCCAUGCUAGGGAUGAAGAGAACCAGCUGCCCUAUCCAGGGUCCCCUGUCCCUUCAGGGUAGCUCCACCAACAGUCAGGGGAGCCCCAAACCACUGUGAGAUCCACAGGUCUGAGGAUCACAGGCUAUUUGUCCUGCUUUGGGAAGAAGCAUGAAGCCCGAGGCUGUGAAGAGCCAGGGGAGGGACAACCCACCACCCCAGAAGGCUGUCCUGGUCCUUUCCACCCCCACAGUCCCCUUCUGAAGCUCCAUCUCCCUGACGUUGAUCCAGGUGCCACAGCCCUACCAGCUCCAGAGAGGCUCCCUCACCAGCCUGUCUGGCUCCACCAUGGCAGUCCCAGAUUGCAGCACCAACCCAGAUCCCUGGACAUUGUUCCUGCAGGUUGCUGCCCAGGAGAGGCUGCUGCACAACAGAGACUGCCUCUCCCUUUGUGGCUCAAGAGCCAAGAUUGACUCCAUACUCUAUUCCGUGUCUCACCAAUAAAGGUUCUGUGCUGGCCACGGUGGUGAUGA